CAAUCUGUGAGUUUUUGCUGAUACUUGAAGCCUAACAACAGUGAUGAGGUUGCUUAUGCAGGCCUCACUGAUACAGGGCUAAAGUUUUUGUUUAGAUGAAUAAAUGUGUUUUUUUUUUUCAAUCGUGCAGUAUGUUACUUAAUUUCUAAACUGAAUAUUUAUACACUUUUAAGGCUAAACCCCACCUUUGUGAUGACGUUUUCUUUUUUAAAUGCAAACACUGGAUCCUGAAUGAACACUUCCCAUCACAUAAAAACGUCUUAGUGCUUUUCUUAAUGGCUUCUCUGUGGACAUACGGAAGGGACUGAGUCACCACCUAUAUUUCAUGUUUAAAUACCUGUGAUGGCACUAAUCCACCACUGCCAAUGACACAAAGGGAAUAAUUUAUUCAAGUAGGCCUAGUCAUAAAAAGUGAAAUUUAGCCAUUUUAUUGCCUGUCUGGUAGCUUAUCAGUCAUUUCAGUCAUUUACUAUGAGCGAUUCUGCACAAAUGACUCAUUAGAUCAGAUAGAUUAAGCCCAUAUAACCUUUAGUCAGCCAUGUUAAAAUCGUAUAACCCAUUACACCCUCUGCAUGAGCUCCCAUUAAUGCCUCUGGCAGCCCAGCAAAAAAAAAAACCCUCUCUCACUCUUCUCUCCAUCCCUUUAUCAGAGUAUUUAGUACCAUUAUAUUAGGCAUGAGAAACAACACGUAGCAGGUCAUAAUAAAUUGCCUAGGUUUUUGGCAGAGCAUCAGAGUUUUAGCAUCCUUAGAGAGAGAGCUGCAGCCAAGGAAGAAAUCCUUGUGAAAUCCUGAAGGAUAAAUAGUACGCAGCCCUGGCGUUUGUGACUCACUCUUUUUUUGGUAGGCUACAAAAACGAUAUUACCCCACCUGCUUUCAGAAGAAAAAAAAGCAUCCUCAUUAUACGUCUUAUUCUUCGUGUGAGGGCUUGUAUUUAGCAUAUUCUUACUCGGGAUUUUGGUAAUUUGCUUUCAUUUUUCAGCCUUGUCGCAUCUCUCUCUCUCUCCUUCAGCGUGCAUUGGCAUCAUUUUUUAAGUUAAGCGAUGCAUUUUUUUUUCCUCUAUUCUUUCAGAAGACGAGUUUGUGAUGAUGGUGGUGAACGGGACACCUCGAGCUGACCCUUUCACCAAACAAAGCCAGCUACUAGUCACUGUCUGGGACUCUUUUAUCCCAUUCUUUUUGUUAGAGGCCCUUUCUGACCGGUCAUGUUUUGUUGUCCAUCCUUUUGACCCGCCACACAAGGCCAAAUACGGCCCGAGCCAUCGCUCAAUAUGGGCCAGAUUAAUUUUUCAGCUCCGGCCAUCUGUGUGGGGGUAAAAGUCAUUCAGCCAAAAGUCAUAAAUCUACAGUCCUGGGUACGCUUUCAAUAGGUGCUGUGUGUGGGAGCGGGCGGGGAGGGGGACGAUUAGAUAGAUAUCUAAUCCCGUCUCUAAUGCUGAUAGAUAGAUAGAUAGAUAGAUAGAUAGAUAGAUAGAUAGAUAGAUAGAUAGAUAGAUAGAUAGAUAGAUAGAUAGAUGGAUGGAUGGAUAGAUAGAUAGAUAGAUGGAUGGAUGGAUGGAUAGAUAGAUAGAUAGAUAGAUAGAUAGAUAGAUAGAUAGAUAGAUAGAUAGAUAGAUAGAGAGAGAGAGAGAGAGAGAGAGAGAUAGCUGAAAAGAAAAUUAAUCUCAAAAUAGACUAAGACUUAAAUGUGUCAAAUUUAAUUGAAGGGAUAAUGAGACAUAAGGGUGUUAUUAGAGGAUUUUAAACGUUGUUUUUUUCCCCACAAUCAUCUGUUCUUUACUAUUUUCCACGCCAGCAAAUCUUCAUUAGACCCAUAAUGAACAUUUUUUUCCCUCAAAUUAUCCCAUUACGUCGGACAUAAACAACUCAAAGUACCGCCUCUUAUUGGCUGUGCGCAGGGUCACGUGACCCGCGCGGCCGUCCGUCUAUUUGACAGCCGCAGGAUGGCUUGAUGCCAGAGGGGGAAAAAGAGACAGAGAGAGGGGAGAGAAAGAAAAAUUAGUAUUCUCCUACCAACCUCGCUAUAAAUCAAUCAUGGAGUCCUACGUGGUGAGCUGUAAAUAUGCUGAGCCGCAGUUCCCGCCUUGUGAAGAAGAUUACAGUAAUUUUAGUGACCAAGGGGGGUAUUACAACAACCCUCAGGACAGUGGUACUUAUGGAAGGGGCUACCAGUCCAUGCAGCCCCCUCCACCUCCAUACACAGCACAACAAACAGGCUAUCAACAUUCUUUGCAGGGACAACACCGGGAGGAUGGAGAGGAGCACGCGCAGCACCAAGCUGCGUCUUUCCCUGGCUACAGGGAGACAGAAGCGCCCGGUAAGGAGAGGUUCCCCGUUGGUGACCUGCAGUGGAUGACCUGUACAAAGCCCGCUCAGGUGCAGAGGAAGACGACCUGCCAGGGGAAAGACAAGCCGCCUGUUGUUGUGUAUCCGUGGAUGAAGAAGGUGCAUGUCGCCCAUGUUAAUCCUAACCACCUGGGACCGGAACCAAAGCGUUUACGGACGGCGUAUACCCGCCAGCAGGUUCUGGAGCUCGAGAAGGAGUUCCACUUCAGCCGGUACCUCACGCGCCGCCGUCGCGUCGAGGUGGCCCACGCGCUCUGCCUGUCCGAGCGGCAGGUGAAGGUUUGGUUCCAGAACCGGCGCAUGCGCUGGAAGAAAGACAACAAGCUACCGAACACCAAAGGAAAGAACAAGAACAAGAAAACGACUGACGACAACAACAACAACAACAACAACAACAAUAACAAGAACAAGAACAGUAACAGCAGCGACAGUAACGUAAAGGCGGUGAUAACGGUGUGAACACAGGAUGGUGGGCAUAGUGGACGCCGUGUUAGCACCUUCACUUUCCAAACUGAGACUACAGAGUGACUUUAGUGAACUGAAAUAUCUAUGAACUGCUUUAAAAUGACAGGUUCUCUAUUUGCAGGCCUAUAUGGAUUAUAGGCCUAUUUCGUUAACCACGUUUAUGGCUUUGUAAUCAAUAUCCUGACAUGACAAUUUAAUUCAUAAAAGGUCCUAUUUUUAGGGUAAACUUCUCUUUUGGAAAUGGUCAGGCAUAUCUCUGGUAAAAUGAAGGUGUUACAUUUUUCGCCCUCCGAUGUUAGAGGCGCUUGUUGACGAUAAGUUGCAUCCACGGUGAGAGACCGUGUCUUUGUCUUUGGAGAAAACAGGGUUUUUAUUUCUACAGGGUAAACAUAAUACAGGGUUUUAUAAUAGCGACCUAGAGGAUGAAAUUGCUUAAUUUAUGAAUGUGCACAUUACCAAAUGUUGUGACCACAAACUGGCGCUUAAAGGGGCAAGAAUAGGCAUUUUAAAUUGCUCGCAGGUCGACUUAAAGGUUGAAAAUCAAUUUCAAGCAUUUAUUUUGUACCUAAGGGAGUAUACAUGCAUAUUAGAAGGAUGAAUAGCCAUAUCGUGCAGAUUUUUUUUAUAUCUCCAAAGAUGAAUGAACCUUUAGAAAAUAAAUAAUAUAGGGUAAAAGUUCUAUGCUUUGAGAAAAAAAGAAAUAGCCAAAUUGGAGGUUUGAAUGCACGACGCUGACUGUAAAUACAGCUUUUUUUUUUUCUCAGGGUUACAGGGUUUUGACAGAUAGAACUU